AUGGUUGCAGAACGCUUCACAGUCGAUUUGGAUAAGCCACUUGUCUUUCAGGUUGGUCAUCUUGGCGAAGAAUAUCAGGAAUGGAUUCAUCAACCUAUAGUCUGCGUAGAGGGUCCUCGUUUUUUCCAAAGUGAUUUCUGGGAGUUCUUAACUCGCACGGUUUGGUGGGCAAUCCCAACAAUUUGGCUUCCAGUUGUUUGCUACGUUCUUUCGAUAUCAGCGAGGAAGGGACUUACAUUUCCCCAGAUCGGUUUGAUAGUUGCCUUUGGCGUACUCACGUGGACACUUCUCGAGUACACACUUCAUCGUUUCCUUUUCCACAUCCAAACCAAGACUUACUGGGCAAACACCGCGCACUAUCUUCUUCAUGGAUGCCAUCAUAAGCACCCACAAGACGGCCUUCGUCUUGUCUUCCCUCCUACUGCAACAGCUAUUCUCUUGGUUCCUCUAUGGAAGCUUCUCCAUCUCGUAGCUACACCGGCAACAGCUCCUGCUAUGCUUGGAGGCAUAUUGUUUGGCUAUGUGAUGUAUGACAUUACUCAUUACUAUGUACACCAUGGUCAACCGAAAGUACCAACCUUUAAACAUCUUAAGAAAUACCACCUGAAUCAUCACUUCAGAAUCCACGACAAAGGAUAUGGAAUCACUUCAUCUCUCUGGGACAAAGUCUUUGGAACACUUCCUGGUACUAAAGCCGCACAGAAGAAGAGCUAA